AGAGAAGGCAGAGAAUUUCACUCCAGUGUGUUAGUGUGUAUGCGUAUGUAUUUUCAUGGUAACUCGACGAUGCUGGGUGUCAUUACAUCAAGCGUCCAGAAGGUUUCUUUACAUACCAGCCCGGAUGUUUGCGUCACACAUGGUUAUGUAUUUACCCCUAACCCUAACCCCAUUAUAUACAAGCUGCAUGAGCUCUUAUCCAGUAUAAAUAUAAUGGAUGGCCAGUAAAGACAGUAUGGAGAUGCAGUGAUGCAUGCGACCCAUACAGACCUGCUGUGACCUGCUGGGGUUGUGCAGCUACUUCUGCUUCUGCUCCAGGUCCUGAAUGUCAUAACAACAAAUUCCAGUCCACAAUAAUGAAGUCUUUCUUUCUUGUUAAGGUUCUAUGGUUUGUCUUUCUUUUUGGCCUUUGAGCAGACAUUUUGUAAAUUCCCUCAAUGUGAGAUUCUUGUGUGUCACAAUGCAGAAAUAUUAGAGAGAGCAGCUCUCAAUGGCUCUCAGUGCCAGAAUAACAAACCACAGUCCACCAAGAUAUUAUAUUUACUUCAUACUUUCCCCCCCAAGAGCAGCUCUGUUCCAGUUUGGACACUAAGCUGAAGUUUGGAUAACGUUCUGAAUUGAAACAAGCCAAUCUUUCAUUUUCUCCGUUUUUUGUUUUGUUUUUAUUUGCGUUUUUAAUUGUGAUUUUUUUUUAAAUUACGCAGUAAUGAUGCAUUAGCUCAGAUUGAGUCAUAUUUUGAAAUAUCUCUCCGAAGCCAAGUAACUAAUUGUCCUUAUUAAGUAAAUAAAGGCUGGUUUGAGACAGAGCCCAGAGAACGCGUUCCCCUCACAGAGACUGCUGGCUCAGAUUAUGACAAGGAAAUUGCACUCCGUCUGGAGCAGGCAUGUGCUAAUAUUACAGUUUCAUGUCAUGAUGAGUUUGUGACAUUUUAAUCAUGGCUUACGAUAUCGUCAUGAUACGUUCCUUAAAGUGUCGUGAAGCUCGAAUUGGGAUUGUCUCGUCUGAAAAGGACACACAUGACGUGUGUCCAGAUUUAUUCAAAACAGGAACCCAAAAAAACCAGCUGCCCUUAUGCUAUGACAGGCUUUGGAGUGCUAAUGGAGUGCAACAUUGACCUUGCUAAAUAUCAUCAUUGAUUAUUGACAUACGGUUCCUUCAUGUCUGAAGGAAGAGAGAAGGCAUCAAAGAGGUGAAGAGACAGAGCAAGUGAAGGAGUAAUGUCACGUUAUCCCUAACACACUGGUUACACGCUCGGGUCAGAUCCACGACAGCACAACAGCCUUUUGGGAAAUGUAAUGAUAACAUUAAAGCACCCAGUUACUCCCAUGAUAACCGUUCACAACGCUCUUCAUCGUACAGUCAAAGAUAUAAAAGUUUAUUGGGUAAGUGAAAAGGGACAGUGUGUAGGAUGCUUUCUGCGUUACUGCCCCUCUGUGGCUUUUUCAACCUUAUAGAAGAUUCCAAAACUGAGCAAAGUGAGGAAUUUAUGAGAUUGUGUAUUCCAUACAGCUAGAUACACAAUUUCUGCAGUACUGUGCUAUUCAGUCUGUAGGGGAUUAUUUUUGUUUUGAGAAUUAUUUCCUCAUGAAUGAAACAUAACCAGGUAUGCUUUUUGACAUAAAUGGGCUUUGCGUUCCCUUUACGAUCGCUUUGGUGGCGGCAGACAGAAGCAGCUUAUAGAGCUUUCAAACAAGGUGCACACGAGCAAAAUGGUCCUGACCAAAAAUCAACCUGUAGGCUAUCCUAACCUGUUUCAAACAAACCAAUCACAGCCCAGUAGGCAGAUCUGACAGUUUUGUGUCUGUCCUUCAUCGCUUCUGAAUGAGAAUGAGUGUCUUUACCGACCUUAUUGAUUGUAAUAUAUUUUUAUAAUAUUGCAGUUGUGCAAUAGGUGGAUUGGCUACUCUAAAUUGCCCUUUAUUGUGAAUGUGUGUGUGUGUGUGUGUAUGUGUGCUUGAUAUAAUAUUCAUAUUAUGCUAAACUAUGUCAUAGUAUGCUUUUCUGAGAAACGGUGGAUAUCGUGUAUCUUCGUGGGUUUUUUUGUUAUAAAUGCAGAUCAACUCAAAGCAGUUUAAUGCAAUGUUAAAAAUUUUUUACUUAAUCUUUUUGAAUUUUUUUUUUUUUAAACCCAGAUGUUUACAUUUUUUCAAAUCUUUUUCCAUGUUAAAUAUUUUGCAUGUAAUUUUAAAAUAUUUUUUUAUAUUAAAUAUUCUAUAUUUUUCGGGAUGCACCGAAAUUUCAGCCGCCGAAAAUUUUCGGGUUUUGGCCAAAAAGAGAUAAAAGAACCGAAAAUAUAUACCCCCAUGCCGCACCCCUCAGCGCUCGGCGCUCAGAGUUCACUCUCGAUCUAGCCAACGAUUAUUGUUGCACUGCAACAUUACUAGAGCCGCAAUUUAAAGAACAUUUCUUUGACAUGGAGAAAAAGCAGCGAGCACGGGAAAUGAUACAAGCAGAGCUGGAGGUGAUGGAUGCGUCUGCUGAAGCAUCGACACGCAGCAC